AUGGAUAAAACUUUAAAAGAAGCAGAUUAGUCUUAUAAAGAAGGAUUAUCUUAGAUUAAAACAGGUAUUUUUAAAUGGAGUAAAGAUUACAAUUCUGCUGUUACUUACUUUGAUGAUGCUGUUAGACUAUAUACCAAGGCAGGUAGCUGGGAAAAGGCAUUAAAGGCUUUAGAAUAAUGCAAAAUUUGUAACGACAAAUUACACGAAAUUUGGGGAACUGCAAGAAAUAUUGAAGCUAUGUUGAAUAUUUUAAUUGAAAAGCUUGAAUCAAAAGAAUUUAAAACUAUUAUUGAAUAUACAAAUGAAGCAAGUAUGUUAUUUAAAGGAGCUGAUUCUCAUACUGAAUGUAUAAAAUUGAAAUAAAAGGUUGCCAAAUACUUAAUUCAAAAUUCUUAACACGAUGAGGGAAUUAAAUUCUUAGAAUCAGGAAUAGAAGAUGCUGACUCUUCAGAUAAGAUGUAUAAUAAAAAAGAGAUACUUGAUUAUUAUUUAGAAGUUUUAGUUGAUUUAGGAAAAUAUUCUUAGGCAAUAUCUAUGAUAAAAAAACAAUUCACAAAUCCUACAGAUUCUAAAAAUAGAUUCUAAACUCCAUCUUAUGCCCUAUGCAUCAUUUGCUUAUGCUUAUUGGAAGAUGAAGCUUUAAGAGCAGAAUCUGAAUUCAAUACUCUUUGCUAAUAGAUCCCUGGAUUUUACUCUGCAAGAGAAUAUGAAAUUUGUGAAGCAAUGAUUAAAGCAUACAAUGACAGAGAUUAAGAGGAAUUCACUGCUUUGUCUCAAAAACCCUCAGUGACUAAUCUUUAUCCUUCUAAUAUUCCAAGAUUAUUAAAGAAAAAGAAGCUAAAAAAUCCUCAAAAAAAGCCAUAAUAACAAAAUGUGUAAUAAAAUCAGUAAUUUUCAUAAGAUCAAGGUAAUUUGUUUGGCCAAUUUGCUCAACAACCCAAUCAAUAAGAAAAUAAUGGAUAAAAUUAAGAUGAAGGUAAUGAUGAUCUUUUAGCUGGUUUAUGA